GAAAUGGAUUAGACAUUGUAUCAGAACAUUUAGAAAAAAUUAGAAAACAAAAUAGAUUUCAGUAAUAAGAAUGAUGAUCUUAAGAAUUUGUUACUUGAGUGCAAUAAGAUAUAGAGUGUAUGAUUCAUUUUUAAAUUAAGAAUAUACUAGGUUAUAAAAUAAUGACUCAGGUAUUUUAAGCAAUUCAAAAAUCUGGGCAAAAGGUUCUUCUGAUGGAUUAGGAUCAAAUAUAAAUAAUUAAGACCUGUAAAUCUUUGGCUAUCUUGGGAUAUCUUCAUGAUCAAGAAUAAAUUAAAAUAAUCAAUAAAGACAAAGAGUUCAGGGAAAAUAUAAGAGUUCAAAUACAAGAUCUUCAAUAGCAAGGUAAUUUAGAGAAGGCUUUUUUGCUGGACGAAGUAAUGAAAUACAAAAGUAGAAAAUAUAUUGAGGAAUAUACGGAAAUAAGCAAAGCCAUUAAAACUAUGGUAAACUUAUUAAUAGAUUUUGGAAAUGAUUCAUUUAAUUUCACCUAAAUCUUUGAUGUCAUCCUCAAUGCAUUGUUGCUUACAGGAAAUAAUAGUACGAUUGGAAGGGAUUACCAAUUGUUGUCUAUUUUAGAUAAAUUGCAGAAGCUUCUUGAUGAAACCAGGUCACCCUAUUAAUGGACUAUCGUAAUGGAAUCAAUAUUAAAUGCUUCGACCUAUAUGGAAGAACCAACAGAUUUAGUGCAGCCUAAUAUGAUAACGAGAAUAAUAUUAUUCAAAGUAAGAUAAACUAAUAAAUUAGAUCCCAUAUAUUGAGGAUAUCUUUAAGUAUUUUGGUAAGUAUUUAGGGAAAUGCUAUAAGUUUGAAUAUAGAAUGUUCGAAGCAAUGUUAAAUUUUGGAGUUACACAAUAAACACUUGAAUUAAUAUUGUAAUUUAGCAAAUAAUUUGUUAAAGACUAUUAAACAGAUAUUUUAGUAGAGAUGAGAAAGAAUCUUAUACCUAAUCUAAUAAAGUAUAUGAGAACAAUCAAUUGUUUUGACUAGACCUAAAAUUUAUUUAAUUAUUUCUUAAUCUCAUCCUUUUCAUAGGUAGGUGAUGCUUAACUAGAUUAAUAGCAUUUUUCAGAAAUUAUCACAAAUUACUAUAAUAAUUUCGAUUUAUAUAACGAUAAAUAAUUACAGAGAAUUGCUAAUUUUCUUGGUCUGUUACAACAACCUAAUAAGAAAAGUUUGAAAAAUUAUGACCUUUUAGAGUCAAAACUAAAAAAAAAAUAUAUAUAAAUCCCAUCAUCAAAUUCAAAUAUACUAUUGUAAAAUGAACAAAUUCAAAUUUGGUUUCAAGAUGAAAAUUCACAAAUCGAGGAUAAACAACCGAAAUUAAUAGGCCUGAGAAAUUUAUUAAAUAGUAAGAAUUUUUAUAUUUUAAGCCUGCUACUUGAACAGUUUUAUCUAAGCACUCUUUUGGACUUUAGAUUUCAGAAAUCUGAUAUUAAAUGAAUUUAAAAGAGAAGAAAUUGUAUUUUUAAAACCAUUCAGUUUAAAAACAAACUUCCUUAGAGUAUUUAUCUUCCUGAAAUAUAUUAGUGCUUCUUGUUCUUGGAUUCCAUGAGUGAUGAAAUUGAUUACACACCAUUAUUAUUAAAAAGAUCCUUGAGAGAACCUUAUAAAACAGAUGAUAGACAGUAGGAUGCAGCUGAAUUUGGUGUUCAUUUAUUUGAAGAUAUGGAAAAAAAUUUUGAUUAAGAAGAAUACGUAACUCAAUAUGUUUAUUGUUUAUAGAAAAAAAUUAAAGAAAUAUUUUAUGGUAUGUCAAAAUCAACCUUCUAGUGUAAAAAUUGUGAUAAGCCAACCAAAGGGCCAGAUGAAGAAUUUAUGUAUAUCACAUUGAACUUUGAAAACAAUAGAAGAGAAAAAGAUGAAAUAGAAAAAAUGAUUCUAAGGCAUUAAAUGAAGGAAUAAAUUACAUUUAAUUGUGAGCAAUGCAAAAAAACAAGCCAAAGUACCCGAACUCUAGAAUUUUCAAAAUUACCUAAAAACAUAAUUAUUUAAAUUAAUAGAUUUGAAUUCCAAAAUGGAGAGAGAUCUAAAAUAAAUGAUCAAAUCAAUUUAAAACCAAAGAUAUAAAUAAAAGAGAACCAAAAAUAAUUAACCUAUGAACUUUAUUCAAUCAUUAUACAUUUUGGAUAAAUACCAGAUGCAGGUCAUUACACUGUAUAUUGUAAAGUGAAAGACGAAUGGUAUCGAUAUGAUGAUAGCAUUGUAACUAAGAUUGAAGGAGAUUUUGAUAGAGUGUAAAGAAAUUUCAGGUAACUAAUCAAUUAAUCUUAUUAUAGAAAAGAAGAAACUCCAUAUCUAUUAUUCUUUAGAAGAGUAAGCGGAUGA